UCUGCAAAAAAAAUGAGACGGAGUUUGGCCCCGAGUCAAGUGGUCAAACGGAUUAAGCGAGAAGAGGAUGACCCGGACUGGAGCGAGCCGAAACGUGCCAAGAAAGAGGCGCCGGUGACGCAUUUGAACCCGUACAGAAAACCACUGACUCCCCUGUGCGCGCAGCCCGGGGAGAGCUGCACGAGCGGGGAGAAGCACGAGAGGUACAUCCAGAGCAUCCUGUCCCGGCCCUUUAAGGUCCCCAUCGCGAACUACACGGGUCCGCUGGGGCUCCGGGCGCUGGGGGUGAAGCGCGCGGGCGGGAGGAGGGCGCUCCAUGACCCGUUUGGAGAGGGCGCGCUGGUGCUGUACGAGCCGCCCAUCCUCUCCGCGCACGACCUCAUCCGAGCCGACAAGGACAAGCUGGAGGUGCACGUCGUGGUGGAUCCGCUGCUGUCCCGAGUCCUGCGGCCGCACCAGAGAGAGGGAGUCCGGUUCCUGUGGGAGUGCGUCACGGGAAGGCGCAUCCCCGGGUCCUUCGGCUGCGUCAUGGCGGACGAGAUGGGGCUGGGGAAGACGCUGCAGUGUAUCGCGCUUAUUUGGACUCUGCUGCGACAGAGCCCUGACGCCAAACCCGAGAUUGAAAAGGCGAUCGUGGUGUCGCCCUCCAGUUUGGUGCGUAACUGGUACAACGAGGUGGGGAAGUGGCUGGGCGCGCGCGUCACUCCGCUCGCGAUAGACGGAGGCUCCAAGGACGAGAUCGACCGACAGCUGACGAACUUCAUGUGCCAGCGUGGUCUGCGAGUGCCCACGCCCGUGCUCAUCAUCUCCUACGAGACUUUCCGGCUGCACGCGCACGUCCUGCACAAAGGCAAAGUCGGUCUGAUCAUCUGCGACGAAGGACACCGCCUGAAAAACUCUGAAAACCAGACGUACCACGCGCUGAACGCCAUGAGUGCUCAGAGGCGAGUGCUCAUCUCAGGCACGCCCAUCCAGAACGACCUCCUGGAAUACUUCAGCCUCGUGCAUUUCGUGAACACAGGGAUCCUGGGCACGGCCAACGAGUUUAAGAAGCGCUUUGAGAUGCCCAUUCUCAAAGGAAGAGAUGCAGACGCCAGCGAAAAAGACCGACAGGCCGGCGAAGAGAAACUGAAGGAGCUGAUCGGGAUUGUCAAUCGAUGCUUGAUCAGGAGAACCUCUGAUAUUCUGUCCAAGUAUCUCCCGGAGAAGAUCGAACAGGUGGUGUGCUGUAGACUAACUCCUCUGCAAAGUAAACUCUAUCACCACUUUUUACAGCAGGCCAAUCCGAUCGAGAAACUGCAAGAUGGAAAGAUCAGCGUCUCCUCUCUCUCCUCCAUCACUUCGCUCAAAAAACUGUGCAACCACCCGGCGCUAAUCUACGACAAGUGUGUGGAAGGCGAGAGCGGGUUCGAUGGAGCUCUGGAUCUGUUUCCUCAAAACUACAACCCGAAAACUUUGGAACCGCAUCUGUCGGGCAAAAUGCUCGUCCUCGAUUACAUUCUGGCCAUCACCAAAAGCACCACGAACGACAAAGUGGUUCUGGUGUCCAACUAUACGCAGACGCUGGACCUGUUCGAGAAGCUUUUCCGCAGCAGGAAGUAUCUGUACGUGAGACUGGACGGAACCAUGUCCAUAAAGAAGAGGGCCAAGAUCGUGGAGAGGUUCAACGACCCCACCAACCCCGAGUUUAUUUUCAUGCUGAGCAGCAAGGCCGGAGGGUGCGGACUCAACCUCAUCGGAGCCAAUCGUCUGGUGAUGUUCGACCCAGAUUGGAACCCGGCAAACGACGAGCAGGCAAUGGCGCGCGUGUGGAGGGACGGGCAGAAGAAAAGCUGCUACAUCUACCGCUUGCUCUCCACUGGGACCAUCGAAGAGAAGAUACUGCAGCGACAGGCGCACAAGAAAGCCCUGAGCAGCUGCGUGGUAGACGAGGAGACGGACGUGGAGAGACACUUUUCCCUCGGAGAACUGCGAGAGCUGUUUACGCUGAACGAGGACACUCUGAGCGACACCCACGACCGGUUCAAGUGCAGACGCUGCGUGAAUGGCAGAGAGGUGCGCCCCCCGGUGGACGCAGACUGUAACAGCGACCUCUCGCAGUGGCGUCACACUUCGCACAAAAAGGAGCUCAGAGAUCAAGUGCUCAAACUGUCCUGGGACACAGCCGUCAGCUUUGUGUUUCACCAGUGCUCCCACAUCAACCAGAAGACGGGAGAGGAAUAAACCAGGGCUAGAACCAGAUUAAACCGGGACUAAACUUGGACUAAACCAGGUCUUAGCCAGGUCUCUCAUAUCCAGAAGACAGGAGAGGACUAGGCAGGGCUGAAACUGGACUAAACCUCUGCUCCCACAUCAACCAGAAGACGGGAGGGGAAUAAACCAGGGCUAGAACCAGACUAAACUUGGACUAAACCAGGUCUUAGCCAGGUCUCUCAUAUCCAGAAGACAGGAGAGGACUAGGCAGGGCUGAAACUGGACUAAACCUCUGCUCCUACAUCAACCAGAAGACGGGAGAGGAAUAGACCAGGACUAGAACUGGACUGAACCAGGUCGUAGCCAGGUCUUUCGCAGGUCUUUCAAAUCAUCCAGAAGGAGAGGACAGGAGAGAACUAGACCAGGACUGAAACUGGACUAAACCUCUGCUCUUUCAUCAACCAUAAGACCAGAGAGGAAUAGACCAGAACUUAAAACUGGACUAACCCUGGACAAGAACAGGACUUGAUAAAUAAGAAGUCUAACCUGGACUAGCCAGUUCUGAUUUCGGACAAAACUAUGAUUCAAAAUGGGUUUGGUCUACCAGGUCAAAAGUGGAACUCUACAAUGUCA